AUGAGUAUGAGUGUCAGGCAUUUCAGGGGGAAGUCGAGCCGGGUUGAUGAUUCUCUUGAGUCAGUUGUAGAAGAUACAACUCAACCAGUGAUUUCUAGGCAGGACGAGAUAUCUGAUAGCGAAAGUAGCGAUGACGAGCCUGAGGAAACAAGUAGUAGCGAGGAAGACGAGAAGGUGGUUGCAAUUCAAAGGCCACAAUUCUUAAACAAGGUCAAAAGACAGCAAACAGAUGCCGCUGCUGAAGACAGAGAAGCCAAGAGGCGAGAUACUUUGAAUGAGAGGAUAAGGCAGGAGAAUCUAGCGUCAGAAGCCCGAGAGAAGCUGGAAUCGCAGCUGAGCACAGCUUUCGGCACAAACGACGACCUUUUGAGGCGAAUUCUGGCCUUGGAUGAUAACGAUGCUGUCGAUCCCGAGCAUGAGAGACAAGAAUGGCUAAUCAGAUGUGCUAUUAGGAAGAAACUUCGAAGAGAUGCUCUGCUAGCGAAGCAAUUGGAAAUGGAACAGUACGAAGCAAACAAGCUGAAUAUCGGGCAGCCGGCUGAUCCCGUCAACAAAUGCGAAACUGCUUUACUGAAGCCUGAACUUGAAUCUACCGGUAAUGCCCGCUUCAAGAAACCAAGCCAGCAAUGGAAGCCCUCAAAGGCCCUGAAUCCAAGGUUUUCUAGCUCGACCGGAAUGCCAGAGCAGAAGGAAGAGACAGAAUAUUCUUAUAUAUAA